CAAAAAUUUUCUAUGUGGUUUUUAAGUGAGAAAACAGUGGAAAUGAGGACAUUGAUUGUGUUUGCGAAACCCAUUUGUAGAGGCGCCGGCUGGAUCAGUUGAUGGGCGGUGUUUUUGACGGCGUUACAUGAGAUUUAUUCAUUCAUAACAGCACAGAUAAAUGUGUCUACGGCGAGGACGUUUACCUGGCCCUUGGGCGAUGUGGCUUUGACGGAGGGCGCCGCUCGGCCCGGAUGUGACCUUCGCCUUGUCAAGCUGACUGCAUCAGCAACACAAUGGCAGGCUUCGAUCCCUGGGUGAUUCCGCCGGAAUCUCGGGCGAAAUUCGACGCCCAGUUCCGUCAGAUGCAGCCUGCAGGAGGAUUUAUAACAGGUGAACAAGCCAAGAAGCUGUUCCUUCAAUCUGGCUUACCACCUGCAGUGCUUGCCAAAGUAUGGUCCUUAGCAGACAUGGAUGCAGAUGGCAGGAUAAACCAGCAUGAGUUUGCCGUGGCCCUGCACCUAAUCCAGAUGAAGCUGAAAGGCAUGGAGCUGCCGGCAACUUUGCCAGCUUCCCUCCGGUCGCCAACGACAUUCCCUACUGCGAACUUUGCUGCCGCCUUUGGGCCCCCACUUGAGUCCGUGGGCUCACCGGUGGCUCAACCUCUAGUCAACACUGUAGCUCCUGUUCCAGGUCCUGCCUUUCCAGUGGUGCCCUCUCCUCCCACCUUGGCUGGCACCCCCCAUCCUGCGCCACUGGGCAUUCUUCCAGGUGUUGGUGUUCCACCUAAGCCGCCGGCGCCUGCCUUCGUGCCACCCGCUGCCUCCACGCCUCCUGCACUGACUGAGUGGGCUGUGCCCCAGCCUUCAAAACUCAAGUACACCCAGCUGUUCAAUACGCACGACCGAAGCCGCAGUGGAUUUCUCGGCGGCGGCCAGGCCCGCACCAUUCUACUCCAAUCAGCCUUGCCUCAGCCUGUUCUUGCCCAGAUAUGGAACCUGUCAGACAUUGACUCUGAUGGGAGACUAACCUGCGAGGAGUUUGUUCUUGCCAUGCACCUGGUGGACUGUGUGAAAGCAGGGGAUGUAUUGCCAACCAAGCUUCCUCUGGACUUGAUACCACCGUCAUACCGGCGCAAGAGGUCAGACAGUGUCCAGUCCUCAGGUCCCAUGCCUGAGUUACUGGGUGCACUGCCGGGUGAGAUGCCACUCGACGACAAAAACAUGGCCACCUUUGAGGACAAGCGGCGGGCCAACUUUGAGAAGGGCCAGGCAGAGCUGGAGAAGCGGCGGCAGGCCCUGCUUGAGAGCCAGCGCAAGGAGCAGCAGGAGAGGGAACGCAAGGAGCGUGAGGAGCAGGAGAAGAGGGAGCGCAUACGGCAAGAGCAGGAGAGGCGUCGUCAAUUGGAACUCGAAAAGCAGCUGGCCCGGCAGCGAGAGAUUGAACAGGAGAAAGAGGAACAGAGAAGGAAAGCACUGGAACAAAGAGAGGCUGCUCGGCGAGAGAUGGAGAGGCAACGCCAGCUGGAGUGGGAGAAGCAGCGGAUGCAGGAGCUGCUCUCCCAGAAGCAGCGGGAGCAGGAGAACGUGAGCAGGCUCAAAGGGCACAGGAAGGCCCUCGCACUACAGAUUGAACAAGUGGAGAACAAAAUUAACGAGGCCAACCAAAAACUGACAGACACUAAGAAAGGCGUUGCCGAGAUGAAAGCGUUCAUUGAUGAGAUGAGGCUAGAAAGAGACACCAAAAUGAGGGAACUCAACGAAACAAGAUUGGAACUGAAGGAAAUCAGCGACAAAAUGCUUCUCUUGAAUCAAGAGAAACUUAGCCACCAGGGCCGGUUGAAAACAGUCGGAGCCAACAAUAAUUACUCUCUAGCAAUGAACAGCUGUGGGAGUAAAGAGAUCAGUUUGAACAUGUUGCGUUCAACGCUGGCCAGCGUUGAAAAGGAAGCAGAGCUCAAGCAACAGGACGUCGACAAUAAUAAUGCUCAGCUAAAGGAGUUAAAAGAUAGGUUAGCAGACCUCGUUCAGCAGAAUGAGGCACUGAUGAGAGAAUUUACUCAGAAGAAGCAGCAAGUUCUAGCACUAAAGAAGCAGAAGAACAGUUCCAUAACAUUAGACGCCUGGAACGACAACUCGGAGUUCGCAUCUGCAGAUUCAUGGCCAGGGGAAAGUACUCAGCCUGAGCCUUCCUCUGGUCUUGUAAAAUACAGAGCACUAUAUGCAUUUGAGGCACGAAAUGCUGAUGAGCUUUCCAUAAUGCCAGGAGACAUUAUUAUGGUGCAGGAGAACCAGCACGGGGAACCGGGUUGGCUCGGGGGAGAGCUACAGGGCAAGACAGGCUGGUUUCCAGAGUCCUACGUCGAGAAGGUGGUCACCUCGCCCACUGGUGGCUUUCCCGUGGAUACCAACCAGGUGGCCGCGGCGGCUGCCGCAGCCGAGACUGUGCACAUCGUGGGAACCGAGAUGAAGAUGACCCUGGAAGGAAUUUCCGAGGCCCCGGAGAAUGGUCGCGAGCCAGCACUGGACGAAGUGUCGGCGCCCGAUGUUCUGCAGCCCUCGGAGAACUCCUGCUUUACCCAGCUGCCCCGGGGGGCCCCCAGUGUGGACACCACGUCUCCUGUACCUGGCGAGGGAGAAGCUGCCCCACAGGGCUUGCAGGCACAAGCUCUGUUUCCGUGGCGUGCGAAGAAGGAAAAUCAUCUCACUUUCAACAAGGGUGACGUCAUUGCAGUCAAGGAGCAGCAGGACAUGUGGUGGUACGGCGAGUUCCAAGGAAAGCUGGGAUGGUUUCCAAAGUCUUAUGUCAGACUCAUCUCGGGCCCCGUGAAGACGUUCAACAACAACCAGGUUUCGGAGCUACAAGAAUAUGGAGAUGUGCCUCCUGAACCCCCAGCAGAUUUCCCAGUGACAGCAGAGGAGAAGUUCGUUGCCCUGUACGCAUACCAGUCUCAGGAGCCAGGUGACCUGAGCUUCAAUGCUGGUGACGUGAUCAGUGUCAGCAAGAAAGAAGGUGAAUGGUGGACGGGGACGUUGGCUGGCCAAACGGGAAUCUUUCCUAGCAACUACGUACGCCUGUACGAGCCAGAAGUCAAGGAGGAGAAAGCAGCGUCUGCUGCUGAGGAAAUUCCUCUGAACGCAACUUCCACAUUGCCGACCAAUGAAGAGUUGGGCUUCACUGGAGCGGAGCCAGCAAGACCAGAAACGCCACAAAGUGAUGGGAAGGUGAAGAACUCCAAGAUAAUAAAGAAGCCAGAAAUAGUGUCGGUCAUAGCCCCUUACAAGGCGACUGGCCCGGAGCAGCUGACGUUGGAAAAAGGCCAGCUCAUUCAAGUGCGGAAGAAAACGGACAGUGGCUGGUGGGAAGGAGAACUACAGGUUAAAGGGAAGAAGCGACAAACUGGCUGGUUCCCUGCUACUUACGUGAAGGUCCUUGGCGGAAGCGGCACAAACAGCAGCCGAAACUCUCCCGUUCCUGCGGCAUUUGGCUCCAGCACUCGUGGAGAGCAAGUGCGCGCCCUGUUUCCCUUCAUCGGGCAACAAGAAGACGAGCUGUCCUUCCAGAAGGGUGACCUCCUGGUUGUUUUGAGCAAGGAAGAUGCCUCCUGGUGGAAAGGGGAGAUUGCGGGCCGAGUCGGACUCUUCCCAGCCAACUACGUGGAGCCCCUCGACAGGCCAGUUGACAAAUGCGGCAGCCUGCAAGAGAUUCUGUUCAGCACUUCGCUCAGCACUCGAGAGAAGAAACGCCAGGGUCACAUCUACGAGCUCAUCUCCACGGAGGAGAACUACGUCAAGGACCUGACCCUCGUCAAAGAGGUGUUCUACCGUCCCAUGAAACAGUCGUCGCUGUUGUCCGACGAGGAGGUGAAGCUCAUCUUCGUGAACUGGCCCGAGCUUAUCAUGAGCAACACCAAGAUGCUCAAAUCGUUCAGAGUGCGCCAGCGAAUGAGCGAAGAUGGCGUCAUCGAAAUGAUCGGGGACAUUCUCUGCGAAAGCCUUCCCUAUCUGACUCCGUACGUGAGGUUCUGCAGCUGCCAAGUGCGAUCCAUGGCCUUCAUUCAGCAGCGGUCGGAAAACGACCCCCGCUUCAAGGCAUUCACCAGGGAGUUCUGCAAGAACCCGCGAACGCGAGGCAUGCCCUUCACGAGUUUCUUGCUCAAGCCCAUGCAGAGGAUGACCAAAUAUCCUCUCAUGAUCAAGAAGAUCCGUGAGUACACAGACGCGAGCCACCCUGACCGCGGCUACCUGGACGAGGCGCUGGAGAAGGCCGAGCAGCUGUGCAGCCAGAUCAACGAGGCGGUCAAGGAGCGCGAGAAUGCCGACCAGCUGGAGUGGGCGCAGGCGCACAUCCAGUGCAACGGGAUCUCCGAGAGGCUCGUGUUCAACUCGCUCACCAACAUCCUCGGUUCCAGAAAGUUCCUCCACUCGGGAUCGCUCACCAAGGUGAAGAGUGGCAAAGAGCUGGUGGGCUUCCUUUUCAACGACUUCCUGCUGCUAGCGCAGCCGAUGCGCGACGUCGGCAGGGUCACCAACGUCUUCAUGUCCGACAAGGCGAUGAACGCCACUUACAAGCUGUACAAGCAGCCACUGUUCCUGAACACGGUGCUGGUGGAAGACGGCUCGGACGGAGGCAGCCCGUCGGACGACACCUUCCAGAUAUCGGUUCCCGACGCCCCCCGCAGCGUCUUCCGCGCGGCCAACGCCAACGAGAAGCUACUGUGGGUCAAGAAGAUCAAAGAAGCGGCCCACAACUACCGCAACACAGAGGCGAAGCAGAUGAAGGUCUCAGUGAGCCGGCGACCAGCGGUUGGCCAGUUAAAGCUAGUCGUAGUGCAGGCAUGCGAUCUCAACCUGAAGGACGUCCAAGGCCAGUGCGACCCGUACUGCGAGGUGAGCAUGGCCUGCCAGGAGCACAAGACGCACGUCGAGACGGCCACGAGCAGCCCGCAGUGGAACAGCUCUAUGCAGUUCCUCGUCAGGGACCUGCGAAGGGACGUGCUCUGCCUGACCGUCUUCAACCGGGAGCUGUUCUCGCCCAAUGACUUCCUGGGCCGCACCGAGGUACGCGUGUGGGACAUCGUCCAGGAGACCCGUCAGACGCGGGGUCCCAUCACCAAGCAGCUGCGGCUCUACGAGGUGGACCAGGGCGAAGUGGUCAUCCGGCUCGACCUGCACAUCUUCGAGUCGUGACAACGUGCCUCCUGCCGCUUCCGGCAUCGCCCGCCCUUCUUGCCGUCGGGCCCAUUGUUUUUCAUACGUGCCGCCGUGGCUUCAGCGUGCGGGCACCCUGUCGAAGGCCGGCGUGUCGCGGCCGGAUAAUCGCCGCCGCCAGUAAUGGUGCUACGGCGCUUCUUUUUUCGCGCAAUCUGGCGAGCGUCUCGCCAAGGCUCGCGCGGUCACGGCGCGUCUUCCAGCGCAAGUCGAAGCGCGAGUCUGUCUGGUGGGACGCUACAACUGAAAGUAAGUUGUCGGCCGGGGCCGUACUGUGAGAGUUCGAGUGUAGGGAAGAACCCUCAGGGUGGUCGAAGCGAAAGUGGGCAGCGAUAGCGCUUCGCUUCCUGCAGUCAGGGAGGCGUCAAUCCGGUGUCGCCCGGUUGCGUACUUACCAACCACAUCCAUCACAGCCACCUAGAAUUCGCAUUUACUACAUAUCCGUGGUAAGUUAAUAUCGAAAGACCUGACCUAAACGAUUUUACGUGCCCUAGAAGGUAGCAGAUUCGAACCGCAGACUUGCCUCUUCAAAGCAGAGCUGGGAUAAUAUUCCAAUGCUACUUAUCCCAUUUCGCGCUCCGCCCACGUUAUGACCGGAAUCGGCCGGUCGUGAACGGUGGAUGAUAAAGGAAUGGAAUUGAGUAAAAGGAAUCCUUAAGUUACACCGACCUAGGUUGCUGUUCUACUGCGCUUCAGUAGCGAAUGGCGACGCGGAUUUGGCGAUGUUGAUAUUCGCGAUUGAAAAAAAAAAAAAUAUUUGGAAAAUGUCGUGCCACAGAACGGCACAGCAGGCUGGCUGCGCUGGGUAGCGUUGGUAAACAAGCCGCCCGGUUGUACCUGAUCAGAUUGUGCUGAAGCGGUGGUUCACGGAGGAACGUUCCUUGCUGGUUGAGGCACUGGUAGACGCAAAACUUGAGUUGGGUCCCUCCAGUGGCAACCACGUGUGACCACCGCGCAAUCUGCUUUCUACAGGGUGCCCGCACUUUUCUAUACGGGUGUGAAAUCGGUAAUCUCCGCGUGACGUGGUCAUGUCCGGGCAUUCAAUCAUCUAUCUUAGCUACUGCGCUAGGUAGCAUAGGCUGUCGAGGCCGUAUAGCGAGUCUCAAAUAGCGAGCGGCCCAAGGGCGCCUGUACCUGUGUCGUGUCAUUAGAUUAAUGUGGCGCCCGAAUCCAGUGCCUAGAAAUAACCAGGGCAGCAGGCGACUUGCUCACUCCACGAGAGCACAGUGAUCAUUUUCGGCGUAGGACGCGUAGGCUGAGGUGAAUAGUUUGGCGAAACUCUUCGGCAUAGUGUUAUUUAACAGCGGUACGGGCCCUCAGCCAAUGUACCGCUUGUUAUCGCGUGUAGCCCAUCGUGACCGUCACCUGAGUGUGCAUUUGGCCCUUUGACAUUAGUGCAUUUGACAACGCUCGUAUAAUCUUGGAGUAUAAAUUCACUUAUUGCAUGUGCAGCAUCACAGAAAGAUAGUGUUGUUGUUUGCAACAAAAUAAAUAUGAGGCUUUCUGUCCGUUCUGUAUAACGGUCACGUUGGGCUACAUUUUUGUUGCAGACAGUACGUGCAUGUUUGUUUAAGGGAGCUGGCACAGCUUUACCGAAAGUGAACUUAUUGUAAGUCUGGAACACUGAAAAUACUUGGUCCGACGAGUAAGACGUUUUGCGUUUUGAUUCUCUUUCGCGCCACUGUCCGAUACUAGUCUUCUGGUCAGCUCGGCUGGCUGGGAAAAGUAGCCAAAAUUGAAGCUCCUGUGGGUCCUGCUUAAUGACCAGAGAAUAUUUUCUGUUCCCUUUAAGUGACGAAAUAUUGUUUAUUAUAAAGCCGUGCCAGCUUUCGCUCGUAGCCGCAUGUGGUUGCGACCAAGUAAACGUCACUCUAGAAAAUCGCCUUAUAUGCACAACGUAUAGGCGUCACUCGUGGGCACUACGCGGAUGCGAUCGCGAUAACUCAGCCAACUAUUGUCUAAUGGAAUUAUCAGCGCAGCGAGACGCUAUAUAUAGAACGACGCGUUUCUGUAGUUGACGAGACCAUAGAAGAGUGAACGUAGAAAAACUCAGCUUAGAAAGUGUGCGUUAUAUCACUACAGUUGGUGAAAUGUGUUAAGUGUCACGGUUUUCAAGGCACGUCACUUCAAGCAGGAAGAAGCAGGGGGAAAAAACAAAACAGUGACGAUAUACGGAAUGGAAGUAAAAACCCACUUAACCGACAUUGUGCGUUUCAAAACUCCCGCACGUUACACGCAGUGUCCGCAAGUUCGCUCUGACUUACGAACCCCCCCCCCCGAUUCUAUGUCCGCUUUCUCAGUGUACUUCGUACAAAAGAGUUUUGUGUUAGAACGGACACCGGUCAAAAGACGAGGGCGAACGGGAUAUCAGUGAGUACGCGUGGCCAGUGACGAACACUUCCCUAUGUGCGAAAAGCUUUUCCGAGUUCGGCCACUGGUCUCGCGAGUUUACCGUACUCGAAACUCGAGUGCGCGCAUACGUCGAGCCCCGCGGGACCACGCUUUCGCGAGUGGGCUACAGGGUUACCAAAAUUUCUAUGUUGUACCUGUUACGAAGCCGUCAUCUUGCCUGUGCUAUGUGUGAAUAGGAAAUCACUGUUAAACUCUUUUUACGGGAGCAAGAUGUUACACGACACGAUGACGUUACGUCAUUGUUUUGCCUGCCUUUCUGUCUUUUUUUUUUUUUUUCCUUUUUCUGUCGUUUGCAGUGACAGCGGCGAUCAUUCUCUGACCGUGUAAGUUGCCCAUUGUAUUCCGAUGGGGGGCACAAAUUCCGUCAGUGCCGCUCGCCGACGACACAAAUGCUAGUCUCAAGAGGCAUUCCCAUACUGCUGCAGAGAGUUUCGCGACUUUAUCAUAGCUUUCUCGAGUGUUAUAGUUUCGUUGAAUCCUUAUGUAAGUUUAAGAACUUGGAGCUUGAAAGUGAAGCAGGAUAUGGUUGCAUGUAUAGCGAACUGUCGGUACAGUUAUCUGUCCUCAGUUCGAUCUUUGCCGCGAGAUUCGUUGAGAGGUGGCUGAGAGGAAACAGUUUUUUGUCGUGCGCAUGGUGCGACUCUCGGUACAUUAUCAAUUUCCUGUGUGCUCUCUGUACCAACAAUCAGCUCGUCUGUGCUAUUUUCUUGUGUAAUGAUCAAGCAGCUUUUUCGUAAUUUCCCACAAUAUAACGGUUCUCAAGGCUAUGAAGCAGUAGACAACGGACAUAUACCGUUGUACGGGUGAAACGCGUUCUGGAACAGCAGCGCCUAUGGCGACGUCCAGUGAUGCUGUGAUACCACUAGCUGGAGAAGUUCUUUUGUCUCGCGUCUAAUCGCACUGCAAAAAUCAAAAACGCAAAAAAAAAAAUACCUUCAUGAUUCUGUCCUUGCUGACGAGUUUACGACAGCAAAUAAAUUGAAUACAAUUGCUCAUAGUGGUAAGAUUUGUGCGCGCGCUUUGGUUGAAGACAGCGUCACAAGACGUUGCCGUUAGCGUUUACAGUGUAUGCUAAUGCGACUCCGCUAUGCUCUAUCUCAAUCUAAACUCCGUGAACGUAGUUGAAAAAGUGCAUCCUGCGCUGAAAGGCCCUUAAGAACACCGCGAUUUUGUGUGUUUCGUUCAACCUUUUCAUCGGAUCUCUGUAGCUUGUCCUUGUUUACAGUGUUUUGAAGCCGGUUUUGUCCAUUUCUGGAACGGGAUGGGCGAGAUGUUUUCAGUGCGCUGCGUUGAAUAUUUGCUGAGGCCUAUAUCCGGAGCAGCGAAGUAUGCGUAUGGAGGCCCUGAGGUGUCGAAGAAGCCUGUUAGUAAAGGUUUAAACAAACCACCAGAUUAUUCUACCCGAGAGUCAAUUCUGUUAUCUAAUAAUCAAGACAUCGUUGAGUCCUCUCAAUGUGUGCGCUGUUCGAGUAACUGUUCGAAUAAGGCGCGGCUAUGGACUUCCGCUAUACAUUUGCGGGCGAAUGUGUGCUGCAGAAACUUUAUACCAAACAUUUGGUAGUGUGCAAAAGCCGACUGAUGCGGUCUGUCUUGUGCCAUGAUUUUAAUGCGGUAGAGGGUUUUAUGUAAGUGGAACGAAGGAAGAUGAUGCGAAAGGCAGUGUCAAUAAAUUCGGGAUAUGUAGCUGGCGUGAAUUCGGCUCAUUAAGUACCAUCACCAGGAGCAAAACUACGAAAUUCAUUCGACGCAAAACACGGAAGGGAACGAGCAUUGCGCAGCGUGCGUAUAGCCGCGUCCCCCGGAUCGCGGUUCCAUGCAGCCACUGCGAUUACAACGCUGCCCGUAGAAACCGUAAUACGUAACCUUUGUCAAAAGAAAUGUAGCAGCUAAGAGCAGAUGUGUAGUCAUGGCUGUGCCGUGUUGCAUUUGUGGACUAUCCUAGUGCAACCCGAGGUUGAGGACGAAAGUGAGCCACUAUCUCCAAGACGACCUUUUGUGCAAUGCGGAUGCCACAGAAUGUUCUGCUGCCGAGCACGAAGUCACUGGUUCGUUCGCCUGCCGCAUUCCGAUUGGGGUCGAAACUCGUAACCGCCCAUGUUCACGGACUUAGGUGCUCGUAAAUUAAAGAACCAAGUGGCAGCCCAAUCAGUCGAUCACCCUCCACUACGACCUCCCUCUAAACGCAGAUGUAGCGUUUACACGUAUAAAUUCUUAAUUAUUAUGUGCAAGAGGCGGAUGUUAAAAUUCAAGACCAAUUCUUAACUAGGAAUUGCUGGUUCGCUAAAUCACGAACCGUUUAGCUUAUGUAAUUUAGGAUAGCCAUAACAUUUAUUAUGGAUACGUUGUCUCCCUCAGUUUAGCUUAUUGAAGAAACCAGGAAACCGUUCAGAGCCCCAUCUAUCGUAAGACGCGAAAGUGCGACGUGUCACCAUCGUUCCCACGCCCGUUGAACAGCUACAUUAGUGACUGCCGCAGGUAAAGUGUGGUAAUAUAGUGCAACAGACAAUUAAUGCAAAUUAUCUCGUCGUUUGUUUACGUGGUGACUGGCCAACACCUCUUACAUAGCAGAAGAACUGCGCAGGUUGAGCUGUGGCGUCGUGCGUACAGGCUGAUAGCACACAUAUCACGAAGGGGACUCUUAGCGUCAUGGAAGCGUUACUGUCUCUCUCUUCGCUUAGUGAUACCAUCUCUUUUUCUGGAGGGUUGUUUACGUGGGAUAGUACACCUUUCUGCAGGUGACGUCACAGUCAAAGCUCGCAGGCCUUCCGUUAUCUCACAGCUGUUGGACUGUGAGACCCUAUGGCGCUAUAACGUAAAAUGAUUCCAAACUGUUUUGAUUCAAUUUCUGCAAUAAGCCUCCACGAUUGGUCAAAACAUUUUCGGGUCACUCCCAGCUUCGCCUGUCUGUCACGCGACGUCACGAAAACCGCGAUAGCUCCCCGUCUGAUAUAACGUGUACACACUGAUUAUGCAUGAUUAAACCGCACAAAAGAAAAAUAAUCAUUCCUGAUUCGACGCCUUUUCACCAUUAGCCCUCUGCUAUUGGUCCAACGUUUUCUGGCUGCGCCCACUUCGCCUGUCUGUCACGCGACCUCACAAAACCGCGAAAACUCACCACGUCAAAGGGGCGUGUACGCGAAAAAAAAAUGCAAUAAUAUUCCGAACAAAACUGAAAAGUUUUCUGAAUAGCCAUAGACUGCCCCGUUCCGAAAGGAAUAGAAGAUGACUGCCCGCCGUUCGCUCAUGCAGGCCCUCGUUACUCGCACCUGCCGGUGAGCAUGUAUUUAUUUGCGCAUGAUAAACCUUUUUGCGUGGCAGUAAAACGUUAUCGAGCCCUUUCGGCGUGCAUACCGACAUCGCUUUGCCAACUCUUCCAUGCUGAGGAUCCGUUUUAGCGGCAUUCUUAUCCUUCCGUUGCACGCCGCCGCGAUUUUCGGCCAGCCACCGCAACCUAAGUAAGGCGAAGCGGACCAAUCGGAGAAGCCGGCGCCACCCUCUUCAUGCGGUUAUCUAUUUUCGCUGUGCUGGCUCGGCCCCAUCGAAACCCUCUCUACUAGAGCGUGCUCCUCGCCUGUUGUCAGCCAGUUAUAUAAGACAAACCGCUGAGUGUAGACAUUCUUAUUGGUUUUGAAAGCGAACAAAGGUGACCUCCUAUAAACGAGGAGAGUGUUUGAUUGCGUUGUUCAGACAACGCGGCGGGUCACCGCCCGAUGCUUGCGUCGGUGGUUACGUAAAUUUGACGUUAGGAGUUUGGAAUCAAAACAGUUUGCAGUCAUUUUACGUUAUAGCGCCCCCAGAGAUCAGAGCGCGACACGGGCGUUCAACGGCGUUGUGACUCAGCACCGCUAAAUGCGGCACGGAUCGAAUUUGGCUCAAAGUAAAUGUUACCUUCGAUUACAUUUUACACGUUCUUUGGUUUGCACGUUUAUGCCGAGAACCUCUAGCUUUUUUCUUUCGUCAUUGACGCAGUUUGUUGCCAAAUACGUUGUUGAUGAUUUACUAAACCUCUGACAUAGCUGGACGGCAGCUCCACACAUAUGUGCGUCGCGGUAGCACUGGCCGCUGCGUGGCGAAUGCGCUUGAAAUUCGCCCCUGUGCGCAGCCCGAACUGUAAGGUAUCGGUAGCGCUGUAGUCGCAGCAGUACGCAGCUAGUGGCACGCUAAUAUGGUCUGCCUCCCUCCUCGCAAGCACACACUCACGUCCGCCAUGUUCCGCGGUUGUCAGGUUACUAUUGAGAAGCAAAAAUAAAAGUAAAAAGCUGCUAAGAUCGUGAAGUUAGGCUCAGACUAGGUGUUUCAUGCGAUAUUGUGCCAUCCUGAGCUUUUUUGGGAAAGAUGGCGAUGUCUCCAAUUACCUGAAUGUGUGGUCGCGUACUGUAUUUUAUCUUGAAUCUUUUUUCGCGAACGUGCUGCUCAAACGGGUGUGUUCGAGGCCUUUAACGCUGUGAGCGAUUGGCGCUAUAUUGUGCUGUUCGUUUUCAGUUCAUUCUGUAUAAAGCAGUUACACGGGCAUACGCGGUUUGUGCGUUCUUUCAAUGUUUUUCGUUGUUGCUCAUUUUACUUUUGCUGUCGUGCGAAGCCAUGUCAUGACAUUUCACUGAACAUCAUAAGAUGUCUUUUGUGUUUGCUGCCUCAUCACAGAGUACACAAACAUUUCUAUUUUCCGUUCGUUUUGUCCCAUACGCGUCUUGUUUAUUUGUGUUACUUGAUUGUCCAGUACCACUCGCGUACAGUGAAACUAUGCAAGAUGAUUUCCAAAGUGACCUUGAAUAAAGCGUUUGAAGAAACAGCUGACGAUAGGUUUCCGUCACGUGAAAUAUCACGUGACAUGUGGACCAAAGCUUUCCUGUAAAUGAGAAAUAAAAUGCGGCUUU